AUGCAAAAAUUUAUUAAUAAUGCUCAAAGGAGAUCAAUAGAUACCAAGCUGCAUCACAUCCUUUCAUCAAGGAUGGCAAAAGCAGGCAACAGGCGAUCUAUGACAUCCUUUGAAGCACCAAUUAAAUCCAGAACUCUUUCAGAAAUUCCUGUUUCAAAAUACGAACUAACGGAAUACAAUGUUCGAGACAUAUAUAUACGAAAAUGUGAGGAAUUAGAUAUCGAAAUGAAAGAAGAAUCCUGUGAUAAUUUUACAAAAAAGUUUUUAGAUGCAUUUCAUCCAAAAUCAUGUCAUCUAGGCUCCUUUUGCUUAGGUGCAACAGGCUUUACUAGGGCUAUUUCAUUUUUUUACACAUUAACGAACAUUUAUUUAAUUGAUUUAUCAAUGAAUCACAUUGAAGACGCAGGUGCAAUUGCAUUAUCAGAGUAUUUAGCAUCAGAUCCUCAAGUAAUCGAAAUAGAUUUAAGAUCAAAUUUAAUUGGCUCAAGGGGUUCAGCAGCAAUAAUGAAAGCAUUAGGCAGUAAUACGCAUUUACAAUCAAUUGAUAUGAGUGCAAUAGAUGGAGUUAACAGAAAUAAGAUUGGAUUAACUGGAGCCAAGAAUCUAGCAGAAUCUAUAGGAAAUAAUCAAGUGCUUACGGAUUUAAACUUAUCAUAUUAUGGAUUUGGAGCUGAGGAAUGUGUUUUUCUUGGAGAAACAAUGUACAAAAAUAAUUCUAUUGUUAACAUUGAUUUAUCUGAUAAUAAAAUAGGAUCAAAAGGGUGUACAAAGCUUUUCAAAAGUGCUGGAUGCUUGGGUGCAAUCAAAAAGAUAAAUUUAUCGAAAAAUGAGAUUGGUGAUGCAGGAAUUACAAAUCUUUCCAAGCAACUCAUGCAUAAUCAUACGCUUAGAGUCUUAGAUUUAUCACAUAACGUUAUUACAGUCAAUGGAUUAACGAAAUUAUUAGGAGCUUUGCAAAUCGACUGUGAAGUUGUAGAAUUAUCAUUAGCCUAUAAUAAAUUGAAUCCUACUGCCAAAGAUACUCUUACAAACUUUGUCAGAACUCUCAAAAAGAUUAAAUCAUUUAAUAUUGCAGGAAAUCCACUUAAAGAUGAAUGUAUUUUAGACUUUCUCCAUACAGUCCAAGAAAAUGAUAACUAUGUAUCGCUUAAUAUCUCGGAUACUUUUAUUACUGAUAAAUGUACAAGAGGAAUCUCAGAUUUUAUCAAGAAAUCUCACAAAUUACAGAAAUUUUAUAUAGCAGGAAAUUCUAUAACCGACAAAACUGGAGUUCCUCUUGCUAAUGCCCUUGCUCAAAACUCAACAUUGCAUUUCAUUUCAUUAAGAAACUGCGAAUUGAAAGACAGAACCGCGGAAACGUUUAUUGACCUUAUGCAGCAGAAGAAGAGAUUCCCAGAGAUGGAUCUUCAAUUCAACAACUUCAGUUACAAAGCUUUUAGUCAUUUGAAUUCUGUCAUUGAAUAUUCAAAAAUGUCUGAUUUCACAUCCAUUGCUGUAAUUUGCCAGCAGACGAUUGAAAAGCUUGGUGAAGACGAGAAAGUGUUGAACCACAUGAGGAACGAACUAGUUCAACAACGAGGAGAGAAUGAACAAUUAAAAACAGAGUACGAUGCAACAGCAGAAAGUUACAAAAAUUUACAGGAAGAAAGAAACGAAAGCAUCAAAACAGCGAAGCAAGAAUUCGAAGAAACUAAAGCCAAAUACCAAGAUCUAUUAGAAACAAGGCGUAAGGCUAUUGAUGAAUACAAUGAUCUCAGAGUUGACUAUGAAGCGAAAGAAAGAGGAAUUUUACGCGAAAGACAACAAAUUGGUCAGUCAUUAAGAGCUGCUGAGAACAGAUUGAGAAUUGCGGAAGACAAAAGAUUGGAAGAGACACAAGCUAUCAAUGAUACAAUCACUCAAUUAACGUGCGAGAAAUCAGAGUUAUUGUUGAAGCUUCAAGGAGUUUACGAGAUGAUUAGAGAGAUUCAAAAAGAAGAUCAAAUUGAGAAAGAAAAAGAAAAAGAGAAUUUGGAGCUUACUGUUAAGGAAACUGCUAUGAAAGGAAUGCAGAAGAUGAUGGAUGACUCUCCAAGAUCUGCAAGAAGAGUUGAAGUUAAAAAAGUCGAACAAAAGGAACCGGAAAAGAGAGAAUUAAAGAUUCCUCAAAGAUCAACGCAGGUUUCCAAUUCAUCUGCAAAGUCAAGCAGUCGUCUUAAAGUUAGCAAAGUCACUCUUCGUGCUUCAACUUCUAUGAAACCAACAAAGAUAUAA